AACCCUCAAGCGGGCGUCGAACACUCUCGAAAUUCCCUAAAUUUUGUGAUUGCCUGUUGUAUCCAGUCGUUGAAUUCGUUAUGGCGAACAGCAAGAAGAAACAGCAGCAAAAGAAGAAGGCACAAGCCAAGGCUACGACCAAUGUCGCGGACAGCGUUGAGCAACAUGAGGAGGAAAGCCAGGUUGGUGGACAAGAGCCUCAAUCACCAGCAGUCCCCGAAUCUGAGAGCAUACCGCCACCGCCGGAGCCUGAGGCCGAGUCUGAGGAUAAGACCAAGCAGGCAGAGAAAAUGAAGGAGCAGGGAAACACUGCAUUUAAGGCAGCCAAGUUUCAGGAUGCCAUUGAACAGUAUACCCGGGCGAUAGAGCUGAAUCCCAGUGAACCGACAUACCUUACAAACCGUGCAGCAGCGUACAUGGCUAUCAAGAAGUUCAAGCCCGCACUCGCAGAUUGUCGACAGGCCGCCAACCUGCAGGCCGAUGCACCAUCCGCGAAGACGCUCACCCGACUAGCACGCUGCCAGCUCUCUACGGGUUCUACGGCGCCCGCAUUAUCGGCACUACGCUCUGUGCUCGAACUCGAGCCCAAGAAUGCUGCCGCGCUUCAGCUGCAGAGGAAGGUUCUCGAACUUGAAGCCCACCUACGGAACUUUGAUGGUGCAAAGGCGCGCCAAGACUGGGGUAUGGCGCGGCUCGCGCUUGAGAAAUGUAUGCAAACCAUGGACGCAGAGGGUGGCGACAUCCCUAUCCAGUGGCGGCUAUGGCGGGUCGAGCUUGAGAUCGCGCGAGGAUCAUGGGAGAACGCGAGCAUGUCUGCAAAUGAUGCAUACCGCCUCGACCCCAACUCGCCCGACGUGCUCACACUCCGCGGUCUGAUCAUGUUCCUGACAUCAAAAACGGCUCAGGCGUUGCAGCACGCGCAGUCUGCCUUGCGCCUGGACCCCGGGCACGAACCCGCCAUGCGGCUGCGCAAGCGAGUGCGCGACGUGGACCGUCUGAAGGACGAGGGAAAUUCUGCGUUCAAGGCUGGUCGACUAGACGACGCUGUCGCGAGGUACACGGAAGCGCUCGAGCGGAUCGGCGAGGAGGAGAGCGAAGGCAAGGGUGGACACAUACGCGCCAUGCUCCUUUCGAAUCGCGCGACAACGCUCCUAAAGCUCGAACGAUGGGACGAUGCCCUGAUAGAUACGGAAGCCUCGAUCACGCUUAACUCGCAGGCAUUUAAGGUGUACCGUACCCGUGCGCGGAUACAACUGCACCUCGAGAAGUACGAAGCGGCGAUCCAGGACUUCAGGACGGCCAUCGAGCAGGCCGAGUCUGAUGGCUGUGACGCGGACGCCAAAGCCCUCAAGACAGAGCUCAAAAAGGCUGAGGUUGACCUAAAGCGUAGCAAGACGAAAGACUACUACAAGAUCUUGGGCGUAUCGCGCGAAUGUUCGGAGAUCGAGAUCAAGAAGGCUUAUCGCCGGGAGAGCCUGAAGCACCAUCCAGACAAGGGCGGAGACGAAGAAAAGUUCAAGCUUAUCGUCGAAGCGCAUUCGGUACUGUCGAACCCGCAAAGCCGGCAGCGGUACGACUUGGGCGAGGAUGACGAGCCAGGGAUGGGCAUGGGCGGCGGCAUGGGCGGCAUGGACUUUGCUGACCUCUUUGCGCACUUCCACACUCAGAGCAGCUUCAGUGGAGGCAACUUCGGCGGUCGAGGCUUCGGAGGCGGCGGCUUCGGCGGCGGCGGCGGCGGCGGCGGCUACGGUGGCAACCGCAGCGGCUUCUACAGCCAAACAGGAGACUUCCCCUUCUGAGCGUCAGGCUCUGUGUGUUCGGGUGAGUUUGGGCUGUGUACUCACCCCCUUUUGUGGACGACCGUGGAUUAUGUUCGUAUAUAUAUCAUAGUGUGCGCCGCUCAUCUCCAUGCCUCGUUUGCUUGUCCUGUCUCGCACCUUGUCGCUAUUCCUUGUGCUGUGAUUUUUGCACUUCACCUUUUCUUGUGUGACACAUGAAACGUAUCCCAUUUACAUGCAAGUCCAAUGUAUACAGCUGGCAGUACCUGUCCGUGCUAAUAAAUC